UUAUAAAAAUUCUAUGUUUCUGAAGAAACAAUCUUAAGAUUUUCUACUUCCUUACACUUUUUUGAUCUUUGCCCUCUAUUUUUUUUCACUUGGCUGCCCAGGUUGGUUAUAUGCAAAAUUAAAGGAAUUCAAAACUCGUGUUGUCACCUCUUCUUUAUUUGGUUUUGUGGGGUCAGCUUAUAAAUGAGAAAAGAUCUAUUAUCAUCGUCGGAAUUGUCCAAUUUUGUGAGAUUUUUGGUUCUUUCCUGGCCUACAAUUGGUUGUAGCUUGAUUUAUACUACUCGGUCUUCAUCACCUUCGCCAGAGUUUGUUCUAUUGAUGAUCGGAUCACCGCCAUCGCCAGAGUAGUUGUUUAUAAAUAUACUCAUCUCACAAUAACAAUCGCCAAUCGUUCUUCGUUUCAUCUUCCACACAAAGACGUCGAUACCGAGGUUGGUAAUUUAUACUUCGUGAUCCUUGUGGUGUUAUUUUGCGUGACAUUGUUUUUAAGGGUAUUUAUAGCAAUAGAUCGAAUUACGAGUUUAUGUUUUCUAUACCUUGUUUAAGUUACUCUACUCUUAAAAUUGAAAAUAAAAACGGUACGAGAGUGGAUAGGUAUUUGAGAUUGGAUGGAUAUCUCAAUACUCAAACGAAACACGUACUAAGCACAGAUCAGAUCCCACAAUCACACUAUCAUCUUAACAAUAUAGUGAUAUAGAACUGUGAAUUGAAAAAAAUACACCUCGAAUCACCAUACUAACCAAAUGUCGAAUUUUUUUGUAUGUCGAUUUUGUACAACGAAAUAAACAAUAACUCAAAAAAAAAAUUACCUAGUUUAAUUUCUUUUUUUUAUAAUAUUCCUCGGUACAUAUACUUAUUGAACCAUGAUAACUAAUUAAUUAAUUAACAGAUCAAUUGUGAGUUGUUCCCAUCAUGGAACCCUCCAACGACAACCAUGGAAUCAUCGAAGCCCAUUCUCAGGAGAGUAUCCAUGAAGAAACAGUCGGGCAUGUUGUUACUACAACUAACACAACAACUACCAAUAUUCAUAACGAUGAUGAUGAUGAGCAUAUCGCUCCAAACGUUGCCAAGGGAAAAGGUGGUUGGGUAGCGGCAAUGUUAUUGCUAGCAAAUCAAGGGCUAGCGACACUAGCAUUCUUUGGGGUAGGGGUGAAUCUGGUUUUAUUCUUAGCUAGAGUGUUGGGGAGAAGCAAUGCAGAUGCGGCUAACGAUGUAAGCAUUUGGACUGGAACUGUCUACCUAUUCUCACUCGUUGGUGCCUUUCUCAGCGACUCUUACUGGGGCCGGUUUCUCACCUGUGGCAUCUUCCAAUGCGUCUUUGUAGUGGGGUUGGUGCUUAUCUCAGUGGCAUCAGGAGUGUACCUGAUAAAGCCAAAGAACUGCGGCGAUGGGUUCCUAGAAUGCCAACCGGCAACCAACGCCGGCGCCCUAAUCUUCUAUCUGGCCAUUUACCUUGUAGCCUUAGGCUACGGCGGGCACCAGCCUACACUGGCCACAUUUGGGGCCGACCAAUUCGACGAGACAUCUCCCAAACAGCUGGAUGCCAAGGCCGCAUUCUUCUGCUACUUCUACUUCGCGCUCAACUCUGGCUCCCUAAUUUCCAACACCGUCCUCGUUUACUAUGAGGACACCGGGAAAUGGACCAUCGGAUUCAUUGCAUCGCUUGCCUCCGCCGUCUUGGCCCUCGCGCUAUACCUCGGUGGCACACCGUAUUACCGCUACAUCAAGCCCUGCGGGAACCCGCUACCACGUGUCGCGCAGGUGUUCAUCGCGUCGUUCAGAAAGCGGAAGGUCGUGCCGCCGGAGAAUCCCGAUGAUCUGUACGAGGUUGAAGGUGCAGAGUCGGCUAUCAAAGGCAGCCGCAAGAUCCUUCACAGCAAUCAAAUCUCGUUCUUGGACAAGGCGGCCACGAUCACAGACGCCGACCAAAAAUCAGAUCCACACCCAUGGCGUCUGUGCACCGUGACACAAGUAGAGGAAGCGAAAUGUGUGUUGAAAAUGCUACCCAUUUGGCUUUGCACCAUCGCCUACUCCGUCGUCUUCACCCAAAUGGCCUCCCUCUUUGUCGAACAAGGCGACGUGAUGAACACCAAGAUUGGCAACUUCCGCCUUCCAGCGGCAAGCAUGUCGGCAUUCGACAUAUGCUCCGUCUUAGUCUGCACCGGAAUCUACCGUCAGGUCCUCGUCCCUGUAGCCAUGAAGCUUAGUGGCAACCCAAAGGGCCUAACCGAGCUCCAGCGCAUGGGCAUCGGGCUCGUCAUCGGAACGUUAGCCAUGGUUGCUGCCGCGCUCACUGAGAUAUGGAGGAAGAGGUACGUCACCCCAGGAGAGAAAGUGAGCGGUCUGAGCGUGUUCUGGCAGAUCCCGCAGUAUGCUCUGGUGGGCGCGUCAGAGGUUUUCAUGUACGUCGGCCAAUUGGAGUUUUUCAAUGGGCAAGCCCCCGAUGGGAUCAAGAGCUUCGGGAGCUCGCUCUGCAUGGCUUCCAUUUCGUUCGGGAACUACGUCAGCAGCUUGAUGGUGAAGAUGGUGAUGCUCUUGACUGCGAGAGGGCAAAAUCCUGGGUGGAUACCUGCAGAGGAUCUGAAUGCGGGUCACAUGGAUCUAUGGUUCCUCUCUGUUGCUGCGGUCACGGUUGUGGACUUCGGGAUUUAUUUGUUUUUUGCCAUGACCUACAAACCAAUCUCUCUUGACUAUUGCCAGAAAGAGGUGGAGAUUGUGCGAGAAGAUGAUGAUGAUCGAGCAGUAGCAACUGAUGAUGUUGAUCACCAACAAGUGGUGGUUGGUAGAGUAUGAAAUUUCUGUCAACUUUUUUUUUAUUUUUUUGGGUAAAUAACGAGGCUACACGAAUAUUUUGUUUCCGAUUAAUAUAUUGUCCUCUUUGAUUCUAGACUCGCAUGGUUUUUUUGUCUUUGGGGUGCAUAUCAAGGUGACUUUUCAGGAGCUCACCCAUCAUUGCAUUGUUCCACAAUGAGCACGCGUUUAACUUCAGAAUUCUUACAAAAGUUAUACAUCGAUAUAGUACGAGAGAGAUCCAUAAUUCAUAAGUAAAAAAAAUCCACCUUAACCAACAAAACACGUAUUUGGGUGAAAUGAAAGAGUUAUUGUAGAACUAACUCCGAAGUUAAAUGUACUUAUUGUGGAAUGUGGAGCCAUACACGAAUGGAUGACCUCUCGGAAAGUCAGUUUAUUAUGCACCCCAAGUCAAAAUCGUGCGGGUCUAUAAUAUUUUGGUAUGAUGUAUGUUUAGAAGUUAUGGUAAAAUGGUAAAAAAAUCAUAGUGAACUU